CUGUGCGGGAGCCGCCGCCGCGGGGCCGGGGGAGGGACCGCCUGCCUGCCUGACCGACCGAACGACCGAGGGACGGACGGACGGACGGACGGACCUCGGUCCCCCGCACUCUGCAUCAGUCCCGCCGGCCCGGCUUUUUCUUCUGCUGCGUCCCUGGGCUCACGCCGGAGCCCUCAGGCUAUCAACAAUGACUGCUGAAGAAACAGUCAACGUGAAAGAGGUUGAAAUUAUCAAGUUAAUCUUAGACUUUCUGAACUCAAAGAAACUUCACAUCAGUAUGUUGGCUCUUGAGAAGGAAAGUGGAGUCAUAAAUGGCCUGUUUUCAGAUGAUAUGCUUUUUCUGAGACAACUAAUCCUUGAUGGCCAAUGGGAUGAAGUUCUUCAAUUCAUUCAGCCCCUAGAAUGUAUGGAAAAAUUUGACACAAAAAGGUUUCGGUAUAUCAUCUUGAAACAAAAAUUUUUAGAAGCCUUGUGCGUAAACAAUGCAAUGUCAGCCGAAGAUGAACCUCAGCAUUUGGAAUUUACCAUGCAAGAAGCUGUGCAAUGCCUCCAUGCAUUAGAAGAGUACUGCCCUUCUAAAGAUGACUAUAGCAAACUCUGUCUGUUACUUACUUUGCCUCGCCUGACUAAUCAUGCAGAAUUCAAGGACUGGAACCCCAGCACUGCACGAGUUCACUGUUUCGAAGAGGCUUGUGUUAUGGUAGCAGAGUUCAUCCCUGCUGACAGGAAGCUAAGUGAAGCUGGUUUUAAAGCAAGUAAUAAUCGUUUAUUUCAGCUUGUAAUGAAGGGACUACUUUAUGAAUGUUGUGUCGAAUUUUGUCAGAGUAAAGCAACUGGAGAAGAAAUCACAGAAAGUGAAGUACUUCUUGGCAUUGACCUUUUAUGUGGUAAUGGUUGUGAUGAUUUGGACUUGAGUUUAUUGUCAUGGCUUCAAAAUCUUCCACCUACUGUCUUCUCUUGUGCUUUUGAACAAAAGAUGCUGAAUAUUCAUGUUGACAAACUUUUGAAACCUACAAAAGCGGCAUAUGCUGAUCUUCUUACUCCUCUUAUCAGCAAACUUUCCCCUUAUCCUUCAUCCCCAAUGAGAAGGCCUCAGUCAGCUGAUGCUUACAUGACACGCUCUCUGAAUCCUGCUUUAGAUGGGUUAACUUGUGGUCUAACUAAUCAUGAUAAACGAAUCUCAGAUCUUGGAAACAAAACUUCUCCAAUGUCACACUCCUUUGCUAAUUUCCAUUAUCCAGGGGUACAAAACCUUAGUAGAAGUCUCAUGCUUGAAAAUACAGAGUGUCAUAGUAUUUAUGAAGAAUCACCUGAACGAAGUGAUACUCCUUCAGAAGCCCAGCAUCCUGUGAGCAGUGAAAACUUAGAGCAGGGUUCACCUUCAGAAAAAGAGCCAGUAAAUGGAACACAAAAUCCUGUGCCAGCCAAGCAAGAAAAAAAUGAGCUUCGUGAUUCAACGGAACAGUUUCAAGAAUAUUAUAGGCAGAGAUUGCGCUAUCAGCAGCAUUUAGAACAGAAGGAACAGCAACGACAAAUUUACCAGCAAAUGCUACUUGAAGGAGGUGUAAAUCAGGAAGAUGGUUCUGAUCAGCAACAGAAUCUCACUGAGCAGUUCCUUAAUAGAUCUAUUCAAAAGCUUGGAGAAUUGAAUAUUGGUAUGGAUAGUCUUGGUAAUGAAGUAUCAACACUUGGCAAACAAUGUAAUGGCAACAAAGGGAAUGGAUCUAACAACACUUCUGCAGCUAGUUUUGUAACACCUCCUCCAGAGUCUAAUCAGAGGGUAGCACCAGAUAUACAAAAUAUGAAUACCAGCACUCCUCUUAACCAUGGAUCAAAUCAUAUUCCUCUUCUUGAAGAGUCACCUGUCCGUGGGAACCAAAUCUCGACAGAACAUUGUGUCAUUCAGCCACAUUUUUCAGAUUCUUCAGGUGCUCUAUCAAAGUCAAGAGGAGAAGAGGGUGACAAGUCAAAGAAGCAGUUUGUUUGUAUUAACACCUUAGAAGACACACAAGCUGUUCGAGCAGUGGCUUUUCAUCCAGUGGGUAGUCUGUAUGCUGUUGGCUCAAAUUCAAAAACUUUGAGAGUAUGUGCCUAUCCAGAAGUCAUUGAUCCUAGUGCAUAUAGCUCUCCCAAGCAGCCAGUGGUACGUUUUAAGAGGAAUAAGCAUCAUAAAGGAUCAAUCUACUGUGUGGCGUGGAGUCCUUGUGGGCAAUUGUUAGCUACUGGCUCUAAUGACAAAUAUGUCAAAGUACUACCUUUUAAUGCGGAGACUUGUAAUGCAACAGUUUCAGGACCUGAUCUGGAAUUCAGUAUGCAUGAUGGGACCAUUAGAGAUUUGGCUUUUAUGGAAGGUCCAGAAAGUGGUGGAGCUAUUUUAAUAAGUGCUGGAGCAGGAGAUUGUAAUAUUUAUACAACAGAUUGUCAGCGAGGACAGGGCCUCCAUGCUCUGAGUGGUCACACUGGUCAUAUUUUAGCACUUUAUACUUGGAGCGGAUGGAUGAUUGCAUCUGGUUCCCAAGAUAAGACUGUUAGAUUCUGGGACCUUCGAGUACCAAGCUGUGUUCGGGUUGUUGGCACAACAUUCCAUGGAACUGGCAGUGCCGUGGCAUCAGUAGCUGUUGAUCCCAGUGGCCGUCUCUUAGCUACUGGUCAGGAAGAUUCUAGCUGUAUGUUGUAUGACAUCAGAGGAGGACGAAUGGUACAAAGUUAUCAUCCUCAUUCCAGUGAUGUGCGCUCUGUUAGAUUCUCUCCUGGGGCUCACUAUUUACUUACAGGAUCUUAUGAUAUGAAAAUAAAAGUGACAGACUUACAAGGGGACCUCACCAAGCAGCUUCCAAUUAUGGUGGUAGGGGAGCACAAGGACAAAGUGAUUCAGUGCAGGUGGCACACACGGGAUCUUUCCUUUUUGUCAUCAUCGGCUGACAGAACUGUAACUCUCUGGACUUACAGUGGUUAGAGGACACUUGUAGGCAACCUAUGCAGAUAAAGCACAGAGAUUUAAGAUGACUGAAUUGGUUUUUUUGUGGGUUUUUUUGGUGGGUUUAUUUUAUUUUUUUUUUAAAAGAGAGUUCAAACAACUAACAUCUGGCUGGGAGAGGGAUUUAGCAAGAGGAGGCACUUAUCACAGUUUAUCUUAUUGCUUAGGAGGUAUGGGUGUUUAGUAUUAUUUUGCAGUGCUUUCAGUCUUCCAUGUGAAUUCAUGCUGCUGUGACCUGUUGUAGUCUUGUUGCCAAAGUAUGUUGGAGAAGCCCGUAAGUUGUCACUGUGCACUCAAAGUUAAGGUUGAUAAUGUGUUUACAAUUUAGUAUUAAAUGCAUUCCUUGUUCUUUGCCUAAAUGACAAUUUUCUAUAUAAAUUUAAAUUGAGCUAUACUUUAAUAAAAUUGAUAUAUGUAAUUAAAUUAGUUCCAGACAGAUUAAGCAUAAACAGAAAUGACUUUUGCUGUUCUCACAGUUCCAUUGUAUGCAUCACUUAUUUAGGGGUAAGUUUUUUGUAUGCCUCUCAAAAAUGUCAUGGUUGUUUUUAAUAUGUAAGUGUCAUUAUGGGACUAAAAAUGAAUAUACAACUGCUUCUUGGUUUGAUUCAUUAUGAGGUAUAGGCCUUUUAUUUUAAACCAGGGAGAUGAUGGUUAUUUUAUUUUCUAAUCUGUUUCAGACUAAAAGGUAAAAUGUGUUUGCUUCAGACAUUUAAUUUCUUAUUUUUUUUUUAACGCAACAGUAUACCUCCACUCCAAAAUGUACUGUAGAAGAAGCAGAUUAUUAGCAUUUAUCUGAUGCAGCAGUUGAUGGUACAAUCUACUGGCAAGCAUUUUUCUCCUCUUAAAUGAAACCAUUAAAAACUUAACAAUGGACUAUAGCAUGGCUUGAAAUGCUAUGUCUGCAUGAUAAUUAAAAAAAUGGAAAAUAUUGACUUUGGUCCAAAAGUUUAUUUGGAUUUUUUUUCUUUGCAAGGUUUAUGUAAUGCAGAAUUACAAUUUUGUUUCUACAGAAUUGUAGAUUUUAAUGUUAUGUAUUGUUAUAUUUUCAUAUUGUACAGUUAUUUUACUUUAAAUUAUGAUAGUUUAUUAUUUAUUUAAGAUGCAGUUGAGCUUUGGUUCUGAUAAUUGCUAAACUGUCCGUGCACUGUAGCAAACAUUUUUAACUAUUGUAUAAAAGUGGAAAAGGGUAUUAGAAGUGUAACUGUGCUAUAAUCUCAAUAAAGACCUCUUGACACCUUAAAGAA